GAGCCGUCAUUUCCCUUCUCCUUCUUCUCCCUUCUCUCGCUGCUCCUUCUUCCUCUCUGCUGUGCGCUGCUUCUUCUUCCUUGACCAGAAGCAGCGGCCGUCCCCUCUUGCAACCGGUGCAGCCGCCUCGUCUCCCUCGCAAGCAGCAGCAGCAAGGGCUGCGUUUCUUCUCGCAAAUAGCAGCCCCAGCAGCAGCCCUAAUGCCGCCAGCCACGCCUCCGCCGUAGCCGCCAGCAGCCGCCAAUAGGCUGCGUUCUUCCCCACCAACAACAGCUGAGCCUUAAACAACCGUGUAGCAUUUUGUGCCGCCAGCAACUGGCUGCUGGGCAGCCGAUUUUGGCUCUGCGCCACCACCUCCGCAACCUCCUCUCACUUCUCCAUCCUCUUGCUAGUUUUAUUUUGUACUCAGUAUAUAAGAGGGUCGUAAAACCUCACCUUGGCUAAUUAUUGUGGCUUUUGGUCGUAUUGUAGCAGUUUCAGGUACGUACACGCAGUAACUAACCCUUAUGUGCAAUUUGCUUUAAGACAUUAUUGUUUAUUGUGAUAAUAUACAUUGCAUUGAAACUAUGAGAUACUAUUUAGUACAUUUUACAUGAAGAGCUAUCGACUAUGAAAUCCUUGCACUUAGAAUAGUUUAGAGAAUGAGAGUUAAUAGAGGGCGAGAACUAUCCCUUAUUUAUUUAAGAAUUAGAUUAUGCCUAAUUGGAGUUAGAAUGACUCCUUUAUAGGUAAAUUUCAUAUUCUAUUGAGUGGCUCAGUGGGUUUUGGCGCGCUGCUAUCCCAGGGCGCUCAUUAAUAGUUGAGAGUGGAAGUUAUUCCCAUCUGAUAAGGUACUAUAUUAUGAUUAGCUGGCGUGACUUAACUGGAUUAUGUCCGGUUGUUUUAUUACUGUAUUUAUUAAACUGAAUUAGGUAAAUUUGAUCUUGAUAAAUAUCUCUACCAUUAAAAAGCUUGAAAAAAUUUACUUUUAGCAUAGACACGGUUUAUUCUUAUUUCCCACAAAAAGUUUUUCAAUUUCUCAAAAUAAAUUUACUUUCUCUGAGUAUUCCAUUUCCCAUAAAAAAAUCUUUUAAAUUUCCCAAAAUAUAAUUUACUUUCCUUGUUUUCUACAUUGAGUUGAAUUCACGUUCUAAAUUGCCCAUCAUCUUCUCUAAAAUUAUAUUUCCCCUAAAAUUACAAAGGAUUGAAAACUCAAGAAAUAGCCAUCAAAGGUGAAUAAGUGAAGGUAUGUUCAUCUCUUCUCUAUAACUUUAUUUAUUUUACUUUUUUUUUCUUGUUUGUAAAAAUUUAAAAUUUCUAGAUGGGAAAUUGAUGGAGAUUGGGCUUUAACUUUGUAAAAUUUCUGAAAUGUUUGUUUGUUUGUAAAAUGUAAAAUUUCUGAAUUGUUUGUAAUUUGGAAAUUUCUAACUUUUAAAUGUGAGUUCAAGAAAUUGUUUGUAAAAUUUCUUAAUUUUAAGAGGAGUUGUGGGUGAACAGCAGAGUAGGAACUUACGGGGCUGGGUGGGAAUUGUCAAUUGGAAUUGUCUGGGUGGGUAUUGUCAAUUUGGGGCUGGGUGAGAAUUGUCAAUUGGGAAUUGCCCCUUCAUCAUUUCUCUGCUCUCUUUUUUAUUGUGUCUCUGUCUUCUCACUCGCCAUUUUCAUUUCUUCUUUGAACCAUUGCCCCCUGUUAAUCCCUUAACUUCAGUUCAUUUUUAUUGAACUAAAAUAAAGAUCGGCUUUUUCUCUACAUUUUGAGGUAAGUUUCAUAAUUUUUGGCCUUCAUCUCCAAAAUCAACCCCCUGUUCUUCAACCGCCAUUAAUGUUUCUUCAAAGCUUUGUUUUAAUUUGAUUUCUGAGUGUGGAAAACAAGAGAUCUACUAGUUGUUCAUCAAUUUCUAGUUAUCUUUAUGAUGGCCUUUGUAAUUAUGGGGAUUUAUGUCCGUGUUUCUUACAUGGCCGGCCACAUUCAUAUUCAAAUGAGAUUUUAAGGUGGUCUAAGAAAGAACUUGAGGCCUAUCAAAAGUCCAUGAAGAGACGUUAUUGAUCAUUGUAAGGCAUUUAUGUUUAUGUUUUUUAAUUUCGUAGUUGAAAACAAUUGGAGAUUUGGGCUUUAGGAUGUCAUUUAAUCUUUGGGUGAAUUCUGGAAACUGUUUGCCAUUGGACGAAUUUGAGUUUUUCUGAUUUUUUGGCUUGUUCUUGUUUGAUGUUCAUAGUUGUUUCUGUUUUGAUGAUGAAGCCCCAAUGAUUUUUUGAUGCUUGGUUCUGUUUUGAUAAUGUGGUUCUGUUUUGAUGUUCAUAGCUGAGAUCAUUCUUAUUUUUUGAUGGUUUGGUUCUGUUUUGAUGUUGAAGCCCCAAUGCUGAUUUGUUUUCAUGAGUUCCUAUAAAUUUUGUAUUCUGAAAAAAUGACUUUAGCUUUUGUUAAACGUCUAAAGUCACUGUGUUAUAUGCAUGCUCGGUGGCAUUCAUUCGUUUUUGAUGAUUGUUUAUGGUCUGAGAGGAUUAACAACCUAUAAAUUUUUAAUUAGACAAUGCUACAAGCUAGCUAGCACCUAAUUUAAGGGUUCAUGUGUUGUUUCGGACUCAAUUGUGGAUCAUAAAUAGAAGUUCAUCUUUUAAAAGGAGAUGAGGAGUGAUUAUAGUAAUCUGAGGCAAAAGUCCACUAAUUGAUGCCAAUAUAAACUUGGAUCAGGUCCGUGUCGUAAAUUUUGGGCUCCUAUACCAAAAUUAUAUUAUAGACUCUUACAAUUUAAAAGAAAAAAUUAAAAUAUUUGUCCUCUGUUAAUAAUAACGAACAAAUACUUGUCCUCAACUUUAGCUUGUACUACUCAAACAACUAUCUACUGACGUCCACUGCUAUAAACAUCAUGGAAGCCCAUAUGUUUCAAAUGUACGAGAUUAAAAGCAUCAUUCCCCGUAAAAUCAAAGAAAUAUGUAGGAUUUCUCAUUAAUUGCACGAUAUGUUGAUACGGUAAAUUUAUGGGGAGGUACUCCUGAGCUCGUGUCAUAAUGCAUAUAGCAUCUGCAUCUACAAAAAGUUGAUCACGCAACGGCAAUAUGUGCAAAUUUUGUUCUCGUGCUCCAUUUGCUUUUAAACAUCUCUUUAUAAUCUCAUCAGAUACGAUAGGAUCAUGAACACGAAGAGUGACAUCCUCAUUUCUCAUUAGCUGCUCGCAUAUGUAAAUCGAUGGAGAAUCCGACACAUCUUCAGUUCCUUCUUUGUAGGCAAACCCAAGAAUAACAAUUGUUUUGCCUGUGAGAGAAUGCAUACAUUUAAGCAUUUUUUUUUCGAACUUCUCUUUUCUUUUCUUAUUUACCUCAAUGAACCCCUUGAAUAAUGCUGCAAUUUCCUUGUGGCCACCUUCUUCGGCCAUAUAUGCCAUGUAAGCUAUAUCCCUCUGAAGAGCAGGACCACCAACUGCUACAUUUGGUUCCAAAAAACCAUGUCUCAAUCUGUCUUCACUAUCGACAAUCCGAAAAACUUGAUUAAAUAUCAAUCUUCAAAUCAUCGGCAAAAGUGGAACCAAUAUUCGCCAAAGUUCCCAUGCAACCCAAUAAUGCAUUGCAGUAUAUUUUUGCGUAAUCCACACUCCUUGCAUUAUUGAUUACCAACCUAUUGUUCUCAGGAACAAAAUUGUAAAUAUGGUGCAACAAUGUUAAAUUGGCGUACGGUGUUCUAUGUUCAAAUACAACUCUUCUCGGAUUCAAUAAAGUAUCAAACGCGGACCCAUGACUAAAAAACUCAGGAUUUGUGUAGAAUCUAUGUACCACCUGAGUUGGUUGUAUCACAUCCAUAAUAGUGUUUCUAACGUCAAAAGAUACGUCUGAUUUGUCGAUGAUGUAUUUUGAAACAGCUGCAUUAUCUCUAAUAAGACGCACUACUUCCAUCCACUUAUCAAUCUCGAUUCUCCUUUUUUUCUUAGUUCUCAUUUCAAUUGCUAUAAAGAUUAAGGGACAUUGUCGUAUGAAUGGUUGAAUAUUGUUAUGAAAGUGCAGAUUUAUAUUUCGGUAAGCAAGAAGCAAAUCGGGUAGUUGAGGUUCCCAAAAGGGUGGUACAGGUUGAUUCCAUGAAGCAACUUGAUCUACUGUGUCGACUACAUAAAAUUGCUUAUUUGGGUAGUGAUGAGCUAGUUGUCACGCGUCGACUCUUUUCCUAGUCUUACGUGUGCCACUUGCUUACACUCCCGUCGUAAGACAAGUCAGCCAAACCCCAAAGGUGUAUUGCUAAAUGAUGUAGUUGGUGUGUUUGUGUGGAUUUGGCUAAGACUUUGAGAAGAUGUGAAGUAAGUAGGAACACAAGAGUUGGGAAAUAUAAGUGAGGUUUAUGUAUUGCACAAGGAAAGCUUUACAAGUAAACUCUCAAUUGUUGUGUACAAAUGAAUGCCUUGGGGUACUUAUAGGCAACACCCCUUACUACUUCUAAUUCUAGAACAUUCGAACCUCCUCAAAUGGAGGGAUCUAGAUUACCUCUCUCUAGAGAAUUCUACACAAUUACAAGUGUUAAGAUACUCUAAAGUAUGUACAAGAGUUCCUAGAGAAUUCUAGACAUUGGAUAUUUAGAAAGAUCCUUCAAGAGUUUUCUAGAUCCUUCUAGAGUUCUCCGGAACCUUCUAGUGUGGGUUGUUCUAGACCCACAUGCUCCACAAGCUUCUUGAUGAUUCCGGAAGUCUCUAUAACCUUCUUUUGAUGUAAGACACCCGGACACCAAGUUUCGUGCCUCUGUCUUGUGUAGGGGCUACGAGCCAUGCGUGACAUAGUGCCAGCAUGGAAAAUGCUCCAAUACAACGUAUGCUAUUCAUAUUAGCAAAAGUAAUUGGUUGUUCCAUACUUUUUGUAAAUUUCUUUCCUGCUUAUUUUUCAGUUUAUUCUUCAACUUAUAGACUUAAUCUAUAUUCAAUUACCAACAAUUUGAGAGGUCUUGUGAUUUGAGAGGUCUUGUGAUUUGUGGGUUUAAUGAUUUGAGGUAUUAUAGCUUUGUCUCAAUCACCGUAAAUAAAAAAUCCAUAUUCCCAAAAAUCCAACAUUAUAAUUAUAAUAUUUAAGAAUAUUUCCAAAUAUUUAAUUGAACGUAUUAUUUGAUAAAUCCUCGUUUCUCUUCCUGAUUAGGAAAGUUUUUAGAUUUGAGAAUUAUUAAAAAGAUUUGAGAAUAUUCGAAAAUACUUGAAAAUAUUUGUGAUUCUAUUUUCCGUUACAAAUGUUUCAAAUUGUGAAAUCUUUACUUACAUGAACGCAAUAAUAAUGGCAGUGAUUAAUAAUGCUAUGACUAUUUAUAUUUAUUAGCUAGUUAUAUACCCGUGCCGAUUUUUAUAAAAUUUAAAAUUUAUGAAACUAGCUACCCAUGCACGAUUUUAACAAAAUUUAAAAUUUAUGAAAAUAUAUGCUCAAAUGUAAUCCAUGAUUAUUUACGACUUGUAAAUUGAAUUUAUAAAGUUUGAUGACCAUGUGUUAAGAGUAUCCUUUAAAAUAUUGGAUAAAUCAAGUUGUAAUUUGAAAACUUUAAAUAAAUCAUAGCAUUAUUAAUCACUGCCAUUAUUAUUGCGUUCAUGUAAGUAAAGAUUUCACAAUUUGAAACAUUUGUAACGGAAAAUAGAAUCACAAAUAUUUUCAAGUAUUUUCGAAUAUUCUCAAAUCUUUUUAAUGAUUCUCAAAUCUAAAAACUUUCCUAAUCAGGAAGAGAAACGAGGAUUUAUCAAAUAUUACGUUCAAUUAAAUAUUUGGAAAUAUUCUUAAAUGUUAUAAUUAUAAUGUUGGAUUUUUGGGAAUAUGGGUUUUUUAUUUACGGUGAUUGAGACAAAGCUAUAAUACCUCAAAUCAUCAAACCCACAAAUCACAAGACCUCUCAAAUUGUUGGUAAUUGAAUAUAGAAUAAGUCUAUAAGUUGAAGAAUAAAAUGAAAAAUAAGCAGAAAAGAAAUUUACAAAAAGUAUGGAACAACCAAUUACUUUUGCUAAUAUGAAUAGCAUAUGUUGUAUCGGAGCAUUUUCCAUAGUGGCACUAGCUCAUCACUACUCAAAUAAGCAAUUUUAUGUAGUCGACACAGUAGAUCAACUUGCUCCAUGGAAUCAACCUGUACCACCCUUUUGGGAACCUCAACUACCCGAUUUGCUUCUUGCUCACCGAAAUGUAAAACUGCACUUUCAUAACAAUAUUCAACAAUUCAUACAACAAUGUCCCUUAAUCUUUAUAGCAAUUGAAAUGAGAACUAAGAAAAAAGGGAGAAUCGAGCUUGAUAAGUGGAUGGAAGCAGUGCGUCUUAUUAGAGAUAAUGCAGCUGUUUCAAAAUACAUCAUCGACAAAUCGGACGUCCCUUUUGACGUUAGAAACACUAUUAUGGAUGUGAUACAACCAACUCAGGUGGUACAUAGUAACUACACAAAUCAUGAGUUUUUUAGUCAUGGGUCCGCGUUUGAUACUUUAUUGAAUCCGAGAAGAGUUGUAUUUGGACAUAGAACACCGUACGCCAAUUUAACAUUGUUGCACCAUAUUUACAAUUUUGUUCCUAAGAACAAUAGGUUGGUAAUCAAUGAUGCAAGGAGUGUGGAUUUCACAAAAAUAUACUGCAAUGCAUUAUUGGGUUUCAUGGGGACUUUGGCGAAUAUUGGUUCCACUUUUGCCGAUGAUUUGAAUAUUGAUAUUAAUCAAGUUUUUCGGAUUGUCGAUAGUGAAGACAGAUUGGGACAUAGUUUUUUGGAACCAAAUGUAGCAGUUGGUGGUCCUGCUCUUCAGAGGGAUAUAGCUUACAUGGCAUAUAUGGCCGAAGAAGGUGGCCACAAGGAAAUCGCAGCAUUAUUCAAGGGGUUCAUUGAGGUAAAUAAGAAAAGAAAAGAGAAGUUCGAAAAAAAAAUGCUUAAAUGUAUGCAUUCUCUCAGAGGCAAAACAAUUGUUAUUCUUGGGUUAGCCUACAAAGAAGGAACUGAAGAUAUGUCGGAUUCUCCAUCGAUUUACAUAUGCGAGCAGCUAAUGAGAAAUAAGGAUGUCACUCUUCGUGUUCAUGAUCCUAUUGUAUAUGAUGAGAUUAUAAAGUGAUGUUUAAAAGCAAAUGGAGCACGAGAACAAAAUUUGCAUAUAUUGCCGUUGCGUGAUCAACUUUUUGUAGAUGCAGAUGCUAUAUGCAUUAUGACAAGAGCUCAGGAGUACCUCACCAAUAUUUGUUCUAAUCAAUGUUUCACCUUUUUACAAAAUUGCUAAACUCUGAAUAUAGCCAAAAAAAACAUUAAAUACUACCAUAUUACUUUCUUUUUUUCUUUUGUAUCGUCUUCAUUAGAAUAAUAAAAAUAUUUCAUAUAUAUUAUUUUAUUUUUCAUAUAAUAUUGUAUAUAUUUUUUGUGUAAU